GGCAGGCGACACCGCGUGCACGCCCUCCGCCUCCCCAAUCCGUCCCGUCUCCUCGCCCGCCGCCCUCGACUCCCGUCUCCUCGCCUGCCGCUGGCGCCGAUCUCCAUCCUGCUAGCAGAGGCGGCGCCGGCGUCCUCCUCCUGCUCCCGCCGCAUUCGCUCACCGGUGAGCAUCCUAAUCCAUCCCAUCCGGCCUCGGCCUCGGCCUCGAAUUUCGUCUCCUCGCCCGCCGCUUGCGCCGAUCCCCAUCCUGCGAGCAGAGGUGGCGCCCGGCGUCCUCUUCUAGCUUCCACCGCAUCGUCGCUCGCCGUGGGGGUUCAAAAGUGGCAGCAAUCUCUAAACAUUGGAUAGAACUUUUCUCCUUCGGCUAUAGUGUCACUGUCCUCGCCUUCUCCGGCGAGCUCUCCUCCGCCGUCUCGUCCCUUCUCCGAUGAUCUCGCUGGCUGUUCCGGCGAUAUACUCGUUGACCUCCCAGUUUCCCAGUGCCACCACGCACGCCAGGGCGCCUUCCCGAUGCGCGUGCGCGUGCGUGCCCGGUCGGCAAGUAGCGGAGCAGCCACUAGCUUCCAUGAAGGCCGAGCAGGCGGCGGCGGCGGCGGGAGAGACGCCGAGGUUCAGGUGGGACACGUUCGGGUCAGCGCCGUCGGAGCCUCAGUGGGAGGCGAUUCGGGGGCUCUCCCCCAAGCUUCCCAAUCGCUGUAGGGCCCUGAUGGCGCGCCUCGUGUGCUUGCCUCCUCCUGAUCAGGAUGGAGAUGAGGAUGAGGAGACUCUUGGUGCGCUGCUCGUGUUCUGGGUGAAAGCCAUGAAGCCCAAGAGGACGGAUUGGUUGCUGGUGCUGAAGGAGCUCACGGCUAUGGAGAGCCCUCUCCUUGCUGAGGUGCUCGAGCAUGCAUUGCUGGAGGAUUCUUUUGAGGCAAAUGUCCGUGACUACACCAAAUUGAUCCACAUAUAUGGCAAACAAAAGCUAUUGCAGAAAGCUGAGGAUGCAUUCCAUGCCAUGAAAAGCAGAGGUUUGCCUUGCGAUCAAGUUAUGUUGACUGCACUGAUGGACAUGUACAGUAAAGCCGGAGAUCUCACUCGUGCAAAAGAAAUUUUCAACGAGAUCGGAUUGCUUGGCCUACCGAUGGAUAAGCGUGUAUACGGUUCAAUGAUCAUGGCUUACAUCAGGGCUGACAUGUUAGACAAAGCAGAAGACAUGAUCAGUGAAAUGGGGGAUCAGCAGAUUGUUGCAGGAAAGGAAGUUUACAAGGCAUUGCUGAGAGCCUAUUCAUACAAAGGCGAUUCAGAAGGGGCACAGCGAGUUUUCGAUGCCAUACAAUUCGCAGGGAUAGUACCUGACACAAAGCUUUGCGCACUUCUGGUGAAUGCUUACUGCCUCGCGGAUCGAAUCAACGAAGCGAUGAUAGUAACACGGAAUAUGAGAAGCGCGAGAAUCACACCGUGCAACAAAUGCAUUGCUUUGAUAUUGGGGGCUUAUGAGAAGGUGAACAGGCUAGAAGGAGCACUGGCAUUUUUGACAGAGCUCGAGGAGAACGGCGUUAUUAUUGGCCAAGAACCUUCUCAGCUGCUUGCAGGAUGGCUCAGAAGACUUGGUGUUGUUCAAGAAGUCGAACAGGUACUGAAGGACCUCGCUGUAGACAGGAAGAACACCCUUGAAGUAGACAGGAAGAAGAACCUCGCAUCAGACAGGAAGAUCAAGAGGAGGAGGAGCAAGAGCAAACGCAGUUUUGCAUCAUCUCUGCAACGCAAGUGAUUAGCUAGCUGCAACACAAACCUGCAACAUUCUUGACUGGCAACAAGGACAUGUGCUGCCCCAUGAGUCAGAUUACAAUGCAAACUUGUAUACAUGUUUGGGAUUUCACAGGCGAUACUACGAUAAGAUGGUAAUUAAGCUAUCUGAAAAGAAAAGGCUCCAUCCAAGGUGAUAUGCAUCACAUGUAACUCUUAGAGGAACCCCUAGGCCCUAACUAGAAUUUUGAUACCCAGAACAGCAGCAAUGUUACAAGGAAGCUCUAACCAGAGCAGCAAUGUUAUCCUUGACACUUAAGUUGAUCAUGACUCAUUAUCAACAAUGUUUUGGACUUUUUCUUC